AGCUCGGCGGCCUGGGCUCGGCAGGCGGGGUCGAGCGACGGUGUUCUGCUGUCCUCACCACAGACCGGGCUGGGAUUGAGUCGCCUUUGUCCCCGGCGGGCGCAGCCGGGCGCUGCUGAGAAACGGUUUUUUCUUCUUCGGGGAUAAAGCCAUGGCUGAAAUGGGUGAUAUCAACGUACAAAAACUAACCAUUGUUCAGCAAGCAAUAGCCUCUUGUUGUGGAGCUAUAAUUACCUCAUUAUUUGUAACUCCUUUAGAUGUUAUCAAAACUCGACUGCAAGCCCAAAGCAAUCCAUUCCAUAAAGGAAAGUAUUUUGUAUACUCCAGUGGUCUUACGGAUCGUGUAUAUGUUUGUGAAAAUGGGGACAGCAAAGCCUGGCAUAAAAAACCUGGCAAUUUCAAAGGGACAUUGGAUGCAUUUGUGAAAAUUGUUCGAAUAGAGGGAAUUAAGUCGCUGUGGAGUGGGCUUCCACCAACACUAAUAAUGACAGUUCCUACCACAACAAUCUAUUUUACGUGUUAUGACCAGCUGUCUGAAGCUUUGAGAAAUAGACCAGGAAAGCAUGAUGAGCACAUUCCAGUUAUUGCAGGUUCCUUAAGCAGAUUCGGUUCUGCUACUGUGGUGAGUCCCCUGGAGCUGAUCAGAACUCAAAUGCAGUAUCGCAGGUGGUCCUACAAGGAGCUGUACCUGUGUAUCAGCACCAGAUUGGCUGUGGAUGGGUGGAUCUCCCUGUGGGAGGGCUGGACUUCUACUAUUCUGAGAGAUGUACCUUUCUCAGCAAUGUAUUGGUAUAAUUAUGAACGUUUCAAGAAGAUGAUGUGCAAGGAAGUUGGUGCAAAUGAACCUACAUUUUUUGUUUCUUUUACUUCAGGAGCAGCAUCUGGCUCUAUUGCAGCUGUCGUAACUCAACCAUUUGAUGUAGUGAAAACAUAUAGGCAGACUCAACUUUGGGAGAGUGAGACCUUAAAAAUUCCACAGAGGGACCGUAAAUCAACCUGGGCAGUUAUGAGGAAAAUUGUCGCUAGAAAUGGGAUUGCUGGAUUAUUUGCUGCUGGAGAUAAAAAAGAAAAGAAGGAAGAACAAAAGAAAAAAGGAGGAAGAGAAGAAAAAUUGGGGCUGGACAUAGCAAUGAAGAAUAAUGCCUUCCACUGUGUUAAAUUUUCAGUCAUAAUUAAACAUUUGAGUUGGGUUUUAAAAUUAUGUUUGAAAACGUUUUGACUUUCCAAUUGUAUGAUAUAUUUAUUUUUCAGUAAAGAGGUUGAUACAGAGUGAAUUCAAUAAAUAUUUAUUCUUGCUGCUUGUUAUGUGUUUUAUUCUGUAGAUGUUAGUUAUUUGCAGCUCUGUUUUCUGUAAGUGUAUAUUAUACAAGCUUCUCAGGUUUAUUUUAAAUGAAAAAUUCUGUUAAACUGGAAAAAUACUUAUGCUCAUUAGACACUGAGAGAGCAUGGUGCAUACACUACUGGGGCAGCAGGAUUUUUUUGUAUAAGGUAAUACUAAAGUAAAUUAAAGCACACUCAUGCAUUGAAGCCAAAGGCUUGUACAGGUGCUCUGCAGGAGCAUUCCUUGGCAUGUUUCUGGGAGGUAGAAGUUGUCACUGCCACAAUAUUCCAAGGCGGGACCAGCCCACGCACACUUUGUGUGGAGUCACCUGUCUUGGAAGGCCAAGGUUGCUGGCAUCAGGACAGGUGAUUCCAUGCCAGCUUGACUCAGCCCUGUACCCCUCUGAAGGUAAGAGCAUGUUCAGGUUGCUGCCACAGGCACAGCCACCCUUUGCCCCGGUGCACUGCACUCCUGGUGGGAACAGCUGCAGCACUGCACUUGCCUGUAGGCACUUGAAUUACUAAAUUAAAGCUGCCUCUGUAUGAGUUAAAUUACUUUUCAACUACCCUCACGACCUCCCUCCUUUCAUGCAUUUUCAAUGCAGUUGUUGAAUUCUAUUUUUUGUGUGUAUUUUAAUGAGGGGGGUACUGAUACAAAAGUAGUCAGAUCAUUAAGACACUGACAUUUAGGUGUGCUUUAUCCAAGAAAUGGAGUUCAGUCCAUGGUGAAAAUUCCUCACACACUGAAAAAUGCUCUACUUGUAAAAACAUUAGAUACCACAUUAGGUACUAUGGUGCUGCCAGAGGAGAUGCUUAACAGUAUUUUUCCACUGUGACUUUUGAAUGCAAAUUUACAAAAUAAGGCCUAAGAGAAAAUAGUAGCAGCAGAUACUGUAUGACAGUGAAUGAUACAGAGCAAGAAAACCUCUCUCCCUUGUGCGAGAAAGUAUUUGCUAUAAACUCAGUAAUGCUGUAAUUUUCUGAAUGGUCUUUAUCCUGUGUGAUUAAAACAGAGACAACAAAUUGUAACUAGUGAUGAUACAAAAUUUUUAAUUUACAUGCAACAUUUAUGGAACAUCAAGGCAACAAAACAUACAGUUUUGGUGGUUCAAAUUUCUUUUUUAAAAAAUGGAUAACGUUUAGAACUGAGAAAGAUGCACAUAACUGAUUGCCCAUGCACAAAAAGACACCCAGAAACACGUCAGACUACAUAAAAGACUUCAGCUAAACGACACAUGUAGCUCUAAGAAAAGAGCCAUCAGUGAACAUGACUGAAGAUCAUGAUUACUGCCCUCUCCAAAACACUGAUGUGGUGUGAGAAGUGUAACAGCAAACAAGACUAAUUUAAUCACUGUACAUUGAUGCAGAAUGUUAACUCAUGGAAUCUGGAUUCCCUCAUUUUAUUUGUAAUAAAAAUGCAUCUCUAGUUUACAAAUUUAUAUUUAAUAAUGUUACUCAAGAAACAGGUGCUUCAUGUGAUAACAAAAAAAGUUCCAUGAAGUAAUGGACAUUUGAAGGUGUGAAAGGAUUUAAUGGCCAGAGUUUAUUAUAGAGAAAUUACCUCUGUGGGUACAUGAGGGCUUGAAAGACCUGGUGGUUUUGUUAAACUGCUUUAAAAUUCUGCAUUAAAAUAGUAUCAGUGGUUGUGUACCCUGCCAUGGUUGUAGUGACCUCCAGCAGCAUGGACUAGAGAGUUGAGGAGAUGGAUUCUUAUCCUCUAGCUAAAUCCAACAGUGCCUUGAGUUCCAGAAAUGCAUAGCCUUGUACUUAAAAAGACCAAAUAUUUCAGUU